GUUCGGGAGGACGCUAACGCUAACCCUAUCUGCUGGGGUCCCAGCUGCCUGGUGACAUGCUGCAGAAACCCAGGAGCCGAGGUCGCCCUAGCGCUCUAUCCCAGGUGGACAGGGAUUGGGCCCGCAGCGAAGACACCUCGAGAGAUGGCGCCACCGCCGAGGAGGAAGUCCCGAGCACGUCCAGCGGGCCGGGCACCUCGUUGCUCAGCGGCCGCCGGUCCUUGACCGCCCCCGCCGUGGGGCCGCGGACCCAGAAGCAGUUGGAGCUGAAGGUGGCGGAGCUGGUGCAAUUCCUACUGAUCAAGGACCAGAAAAAGAUCCCGAUUAAGCGGGCCGACAUCGUGAAGCACGUGAUCGGGGACUACAAGGAUGUGUUCCCGGACCUGCUGAAGCUGGCCGCCGAGCGCCUGCAGUACGUGUUCGGGUACAAGCUGGUUGAACUUGAGCCCAAGAGCAACACCUACAUCCUGAUCAACGCACUGGAGCCGGUGGAGGAGGAUGCCGAGGUGAGGGGCGACCAGGGCACGCCCACCACGGGCCUCCUGAUGAUCGUGCUGGGGCUCAUCUUCAUGAAGGGUAACACCAUCACUGAGACCGAGGUGUGGGACUUCCUGCGGCGCCUGGGGGUCUACCCCACCAAGAAGCACCUGAUCUUCGGGGACCCCAAGAAACUCAUCACCGAGGACUUCGUGCGACAGCGGUACCUGGAGUACCGGCGCAUCCCGCACACCGAUCCUGUGGACUAUGAGUUGCAGUGGGGCCCGCGCACCCACCUGGAAACGAGCAAGAUGAAAGUGCUCAAGUUCGUGGCCAAGGUGCACAACCAAGACCCCAAGGACUGGCCGGCGCAGUACUGCGAGGCGCUGGCGGAGGAGGAGAGCCGGGCCCGGCCUCCUCCGCCUCCUCCUCCUCCUGCUGCUGCUGCUGCUGCUGAAGUCUGACCCGGGUUCCCAGGCACCCGAAGGCCCUGGGAUGGGCGGCCCAGCCUUUUGGAACGGAGCUACCUCUGCCAGGACGAAGUGUUUGUGCUUUAGAACACGUUGCAAAGUUUGGUUCUUUUAGCAGUGCUAACUUGGUUCCAGAUUUUCAUUUAUAAACAGAUCAAAAGAACUUUUUUUUUUUGCCUAUUUUAACUGUCCUUUUUUUUUUUUCUCUUUUUUGUACCAUGAUGAUUUUGCCAGUUUUAUAACACUAGUUGGAAGCCUCCUGUGGUUUUGAACAGAUAUUUAAGAAAGAACACAUAAGUAAAUUGCUUUGGUGCCAAAAAUAAUAAUAAUACAGAGUGUUACCUGGUCUCUUUACUCCAGUUUGUAAGGGAAAA